GAUGGAACAGUGCUUAUGAGAUGGUGGAGAGAUUUUUGGAGCAGCAGCCAGCAAUCUGCGCUGCUCUUAUCUCUCCUCAGGUGCGAAAAGGUGGAAGCUCAGGGGACAUCUGCACCCUCACCGAAAAUGAUAUCUCCACUGCUGAGGAAAUGGCAAAAGCACUGAAGCUCUUAAAGGAGGCAACCAACAUCAUGUCUGAGGAUUCUUCACCAACACUGUCUGUGACUGCUCCACUGCUUGCUCAGCUGCUUCAUGACACCAAAGCCAGCUCUGCUGAAGAUGAUGCACCGCUAGUUCAGGAAAUAAAAGUUGCCAUUCAUGAAGACCUGUCAAAAAGAUACACAAGUGCUCAGACGAAAAACACUCUACUAAUUUCCUCCACACUGGAUCCCCGGUUUAAAGCCCUGCCCUUCCUCAGCAGAGAGGAGCAACAGCUCAUCCAUGGCAAAGUGGUUACAGAGGCUGCUGCUCUAGAGAAAGAUGUGGGGCCUGCUGCAGUUGGAGCUGAAAACCCAGACACCACAGAGGAAGAAAGUCCUCCCGCCCCUAAAAGAGCAUCAGCACUUGUUUCCUUGCUUGGAAAGACAUUUACUGAGGUAAACGUUGUCCCCAAAACAACCAGCACCAAAGCUGAGGAGGAGCUGAAGAAGUACCUGGAAGCCCCUCCACUGUCUCUUGCAGAGAACCCCCUUAAGUGGUGGAGUUCCCAUGAAGCAGCUUUCCCUCUCCUGGGUAAAUUAGCCAAACGCUACCUAUGUAUCCCUGGCACCAGUGUUGCAGCCGAAAGGGUUUUUUCCACUGCAGGGGACAUUGUAACUGCACAAAGGAGCAACCUAUCUCCAGACCAUGUUGACCAACUAGUCUUUUUGCAAAAAAACUUAAAAAUUGUUAAUGAUGGAGAUGAACCCUCAUCCACAGCAUGAGGAGAUUGUCCAGCUCCUGCUUUUGCUAGUGUUACAAUCAAAAACUUUUUCUAAAUAAGACUAUUAUUUGUGUUUAUGUAAAAUGUUUUGAUUCAAGUUACUGCAUCAAGAAAUCUCUUUAAAAUGUUUGUUUUGAUGCAUAAGUUAAGUGACAAAUGUUUAAUUUUCUAUUCUCAGUUUACAUUACUCUGUCUGGUCAUUUCUUUUUUGUCAUCAAUGAUGAGUAAGUGCUGAACUAUUUUUUUCAGAAGUUUUAGAAGAACAGGUUGUUUAAGUUUUGAAUACACUGUUAAAUGAGUACUGCAAUGUUUAUUUAUUUACAGAUUUGAGAUACACUCAGGGUUUUUUUAAGUUACCAAAGUGAGUGCUGUUUAUUUUAGUAGUCUCAAAAUUUGAAUGUGCACUACCUUUAUAUAUUUAUUUUAACUUAUUUGAACUUAUAUUUGUUUUCUUUAUAAGAUGAUAACUGUGUUUUUUAUUUUCCUAUUCUGUCAUUUGAGAUGCUCUCAAAUACUUAGUUUUUAAGCUGGGUUAUUUUUUUUUCAGACCCAAAUUUUCCUGACUGAAUUUUUUGUAAUUACAUAAGUUUGAAAAGUCUUUCACUGCCGUUGAACUGUUGAAAUAAGACGUUUGCACAGUAUCAUAAAUAAAUGCCAUUUCAGUAUCAAAGAAUGCCUUUGUGUUUUACAUUUCUGAAUCGAGAAUCGAGAAUCGAUUCAGAAUCGAGAAUCGAUUCAGAAUCGAAUCGGGACCCCAAGAAUCGGAAUCGAAUCGAAUCGUGAGUUGUUGUAAGAUUCACAUCCCUAUUAGCCGUCGUAUUUUGGGGUGUUUACGGUAAAAAGCUAUUUUAAAGGUGGCUAUAGAUACGGAGCAUGCGCAGUGUGACUUCAAAAUCCUAUUGAGCCUUCACGGUGACAGUCAUAUUUGUUAUUGUUGUCUCUAAAACUUAACUUUAAUUUAAUUGUAUUUAUUUGUUUGGGACAGUGCACAUGCAAUGAAUUCCACGGCUAUUUUAUCAACAGUUUUACUCUAAAAUUUGUUAAAAAAUA